CUCCUUUAUCAGCGGUUUCUCGAGAAACAAACACUGAAAAGUGAAAACCCCAUUUCGGAAACCUAAAACCAGAUCCCACCUGAAACUGAUCUGAAUUUUAGUUUCUCCAAAAACCCAAAUCGAGUUUUGCUUUGAAUUUCACCAUGGGAGCAGAUCAUCCAUUAAAGGCCGUGACUUUAACCCACGUAAGGUAUCAAAGAGGUGAUCAGCUUGGACAUUUCUUAGCCUGGGUUUCGUUAGUCCCCGUUUUCAUUUCCCUUGGUGGUUUUGUUUCUCAUUUCAUCUUCCGUAGAGAGCUUCAAGGAAUGUUCUUUGGAUUAGGCCUCGUAAUAUCACAGUUCAUUAAUGAGCUGAUCAAGAAAUCUGUUCAACAAGACAGACCCGAAACAUGUGUUCUAUUAGAAAUGUGUGAUUCUCAUGGCUGGCCUUCGAGUCACUCUCAAUAUAUGUUCUUCUUCACUGUUUAUUUUACCCUCUUAACUUGUAAGGGGAUCGGGGGGAUUUGGAAAGUCAGAGCCAAGUGGGCUGCUUUGUUUUUGCCAUGGUCGUUGGCUGUUUUGACUAUGUAUUCCAGGGUUUAUUUGGGUUACCAUACUGUGGCUCAAGUUUUUGCUGGAGCUGCUCUGGGGGCUUUUCUUGGUGGGGUUUGGUUUUGGGUGGUGAACUCCUUGCUUUUCUGUUAUUUCCCUUUGAUUGAAGAGAGUUCCUUUGGGAGGUUUUUUUAUGUCAAGGAUACUUCUCAUAUACCAGAUGUGUUGAAGUUUGAGUAUGAUAAUGCAAGGGCUGCUAAGACUGGUAUGGCUGCCAGAAAAGCCAUGGCUUCCAAGAGCAAUUGAAUACUCGAAACUCAUCGGGUAUGGUAAGGUUAGUGCUUCAAAAUUCAUCCUACCACUGCAUGAGAAACCAAAUAGGAACAUCGAUGUGUUAGUAAGAUCACGUUGCUGUUUUCUUUUUAUUGUUGCGUCACACAAAGAACAUAGGCCAUUUACAAAUUGCUUUCUUGUAUUUUACUAUACUUGCAAUUAUCUGGCUUAACAUGUCUUGACUUGCAAGUUACAUCUAAUGAAAGACUUGAAAUAUUUUUGCUUUAA